AUGGCCGACCUACAGACGCUUAGACACGAAGUGGAGGCGCUAAAACUGCAGCUACAGCAUAAGCGCAAGAAUACAAAGGAGACCCUUUCUAUUAAAGAUCUAUCCAAUCGUGAACAGCACGCCACCGUCGGAAUUCGGCGAGGCAAAUGGUGGCUCCAAGAUCGCCAAAUGCUAUCUCGUGCUUUUGCAGCCGAAGCAGGUAAGGUUAUCGUGAAAUUGCGAGAGACGUGGAUCUGGAGCGGUCGGACGGUAAUUCUCGACAAAAUUGCGUGGCUUGAUGAGAUGAUGCAGGAAAAUCCGUUGAUGCUGACUACAACAAAUGAAGUGGCAGAAGAGAUCGAAGUGUCGAGCGAAAUGCUCGUUGACACCUCUCAGAGUCUAGUACAGCGGUUUGAGAUAGGAGAACUAAACCAAACAGCAUCUGAAACAACGGAUAGCGCAGAGGCCAGUAAAACUUUGCCGUCAUCAAGCGCAGAAAGCCACGGCGAGGUGCGUGAAAGUUUGGCCCCAAAUGCAAUGGUAGCAAGUAAUCCUAGUGACUCCAAAUUUAUCUAA